CAGCACUGCUUGAGGCAAGAGCUCCUGGGCCGGGACUUCAGGAAGGCAGGCACGCUGGACACCGCCAUGGACAGUCUCCUGAUGAAGCAAAAGAAGUUUCUUUACCACUUCAAAAACGUCCGCUGGGCCAAGGGGCGGCAUGAAACUUACCUGUGCUACGUGGUGAAGCGGAGGGACAGUGCCACCUCCUUCUCCUUAGACUUCGGCUACCUCCGUAACAAGUCCGGCUGCCACGUGGAGCUGCUGUUCCUGCGCUACAUCGCCGCCUGGGAUCUGGACCCGGGCCGCUGCUACCGUGUCACCUGGUUCACGUCCUGGAGCCCCUGCUAUGACUGCGCGCGGCACGUGGCCGACUUCCUGCGCGGGAACCCCAACCUCAGCCUGCGCAUCUUCACGGCGCGCCUCUACUUCUGCGAGGACCGCAAGGCCGAGCCCGAGGGGCUGCGGCGGCUGCACCGCGCCGGCGUCCAGCUUGGGAUCAUGACCUUCAAAGAUUACUUUUACUGCUGGAAUACUUUUGUCGAGAAUCGCGAGAAAACCUUCAAGGCCUGGGAGGGGCUGCACGAGAACUCGGUCCGUCUGUCCAGGCAGCUGCGGCGCAUCCUGCUGCCGCUCUACGAGGUGGACGACCUGCGCGACGCCUUCCGCACGCUGGGGCUGUAAGCGCCGCCGGGAGCCCACGAGCGCCGGCAACUC